AUGGAGGCACCGGAUUGGACCCAGAUCAAAGGCCAACUUGAUCUCAAAUACCACAUUCAUGCCAGCGAUGCUGGCAAGCGGUUCAUGUGGGUGAUUGUUGGAAUAUUCCCUUUCACAAUAAUCCUUCACAUACUUAGCGCAGUAAAACGAGGCCAACGGGCUGGCUUUUGGUUCGUUCGACGCGAUGCGGAGGGGUAUAUCUUCGAGAAUCGACACGUCGUGGUCCACACCCUGUCGGCUUUCAAAACCCUCCUGGCAUGUAUCGCUGUGAUCUUUCUACAGCAGGAUAUUCAGACCCACGUCCGUCCUUAUUGUGUGGCCUUUCAAGCUAGUGGUUUCGCUGUGAUGCACAUUCAAAAUUGGCACAGAACCUGGUGUUCUAUUUAUUCAAUGCCUCCAACAAGCUUACACUUGAGCUUAAAACAAGGGCCAAGGAAAAAUAUAUUCAACCAGUCUGAUCGCGCAAUGCCUCCUUGGCUAUUCAAUUUCGGCCUUGUUGGGGGAUCACUAUACGGAAUAAUACUCACGUUGGCAAGCACCGCAAUCAUCUGCACUUCUAUCAAUCGGGAUAACUCUCUUUACCGCGCUGUUUCCGAUAUUCUCGAUGAGAACAUUUCGCUUGCUCGCGAUCCCACACCCGAAUCCAAGAUCCUCAUGAUGCAGAAUGGUGCCCUCCUUCUCAGCGGCAUCGAAAAUAUGAAAUCAGAAUCCUUGCGAAUAUUUCACGCAUUUCAAUAUCUAGUUUGCGGUUUUGUCGCCAUCAACUUCAUCAGUGUUACUCUGUAUUGGUGGUCACUGCAUGCAAUCAUUCGCUGUCUGGAUAAACAGCUCUCGACUUAUCGACAAUGUCUUCAAAAUCGAGACGAAGCUAUACAACUAGGGAUGAUAUCUAUGUGUCCGGGAGCUAUUACUUUUGAUAAAUCGAGAGAAACUCUGGACGUAGUUAAAACGAAGAAGCUAGACGCUGACGAUGCACCCUUGCCCAGUGACGCAAGUCAAAUGACCCGAGUCAGCAGCACUAAUUUGAUGUCGUGGCUUCCGACGUUCAAGGGCGAUGAUAUUAGCGCGGAUCAUUUGAUUUGGAAAUCUGCCUUCAUGCGUUCCAUCAAACCUGAGGGAUCGAGCUACAAAGCUCGUCUGCGUUCUGAGCAUUCGAUACUUCAGCGUUGCAAGGUUAACACAAUCUGGCAAGCCGUGUUCAUAACUAUCAUGAGUAUGUCUUACAUUUCCAUGGCGAGCACCCUAGGGGCGAACGCUUUCGACGUGCCGCAGCGGACCAGCAUCACACAACUGGGCUAUUAUGUGAUACUCUGGUCUAACAGUAUUUGGGUUGUUGGCGGGACCGGGUUGGCCAUGCUUUCGGCUCGUGUUGCGUUGUUAAGGUCGUAUACUUCUAUGAGCCAACAAGCGUCCGCUGAAGCGGCGCAUCGAACGGAGUCUUUUGAUUAUUGA